UAACAUUGCGCAUCCGUUACCAGCGAGACGAGAAUAGUUUUUACUGUUUAUUUAACUGCGAAGAUAGUUAUUAUCAUUUUGAAUUUGUUUCUUUUUCUCCAAAAGUAAUACGCCCCUGGUUAUGAAUUCUUUCAGCUAAAUUCUAAAACCUCCCUGAAACCUCAGAUCUCUUCAUUGUUGAAUAAAAUCAAAGCUUCUCUUUCAAAAAACAAAAAAUCAAAGCUUUUAUUUUGGAUAAUCAGUUAAUGUGAAAUGGCGCUAAUCAGAUCAAAUCUACGGUUAUCCUUUUCUAAAAUCAUCGUUAAACCCUUCUCAACAUCCACCAUUGAAAUGGUGCAAGCUCACCAAGAAGAUGAUGAAAUUCCAGAAGAACCCAGAAAAGUUUCUUCCAAUCUCUCUCCUCAUGAUUCCCAAAUUGUUGAGAAAUUUCAUAAUUUAAUCAAAGAACAUUAUCGGAAAAACCCUAACCCUAAUUCUGAGCAAAACCCUAAUUUUUUAACCGCUAAUUUCACCAUCCCUUCUCUAUCUCUUUCCUUCUCGAAGCUUUCUUUGGUUGAUUCUCUCUCUCCUGCAAUCAUCGCCGCUAUCAUCGAAAGAUGCCGCAUUGUCCGCCAUGGCGUACCAAUGGUUCAAGCUCUCGCGUUCUUUAAUUGGGCGAUUGGGGAGAGAAACGACGUUGUUGGGUCCUCCAAUGAUGUUUUUACGGAAAUGAUUGACUUAGCUGGGAAGGUAAAGCAGUUUGAUUUAGCAUGGAGUUUGAUUGAUUCGAUGAAAAUGAGAAGUAUUUCGAUUCCGUUAGAUAUUUUUAGUUCAAUGAUUAGGAGGUAUGUUAGGGCUGGAAUGGUAGCGGAGGCGGUUCAUACGUUUAAUCGAAUGGAGGACUAUGGGUGCCACCCGGAUAAGGCGGCUUUCACAGCUGUUAUUACUAUUCUCAGUAAGAAAAAGAAACCAGCUGACGCUCAGUUGUUUUUUGAUAGUCUUAAGGAUAAGUUUUCUGUUGAUGUUGUGGUUUAUACAAGCUUGAUUAAUGGGUGGUGUAAGGUGGGGGAUAUUCCGGAGGCUGAGAGGGUUUUUGGUGAGAUGAAGGCGGCGGGCAUUGAGCCUAAUGUGUAUACAUACACGAUUGUUAUCGAUGGUUUGUGUAGGCACGGGCAAAUCACUCGUGCCCACGAUGUUUUCUCGGAGAUGAUUGACAAUUGUUGUCAGCCAAAUUCGGCGACCUUCAAUAAUUUGAUGAGGGUUCAUGUUAAGGCAGGGAGGACUGAGAAAGUCUUGCAGGUUUAUAAUCAGAUGAAAAGGCUUGGGUGUAGCCCGGAUGUGAUCACAUAUAACUUUUUGAUAGAGUCCCAUUGUAAGGAUGGGAAUCGGGAUGAAGCUACUAAGUUGAUCCGCCAAAUGGUGAGCAAAGGAUGUGCCCCUAACGCUUAUAGUUUCAACCCGAUAUUCAUUUGUUUAGCGAAAGCAGAGGAUGUGAAUGCUGCUCAUCGGUUGUUUGCAAAGAUGAAGGAGGUGAAUUGUCAGCCUAAUACAGUGACAUAUAAUACACUGAUGAGGAUGUUUGUGAAUUCCAAGUCGACUGAUAUGGUUCUGAAGCUCAAGAAGGAGAUGGAUGAGAACGGGGUUGAGCCUAAUGUAAAUACUUAUAAGAUAAUGAUCUCAAUGUUUUGUGCGAUGGGACAUUGGUCCAACGCUUACAAGUAUUUCAGAGAGAUGGUCGAGGAGAAGAGUUUGAUGCCGGGUUUGCAUGUUUACAACACGGUUUUGCUUCAGUUGAGAAACGCGGGGCAGAUGAAGAAGCAUGAGGAGUUGGUGGAAAAGAUGGUCGACAGGGGAUUUGUUAUCCGGCCUAUUUGAAGAAAUUAUUUGUGUUUUUUUUUACAUUUUGAGGUGGAUUUGUGGUGCUGGUCUGCUGGACAUGGCAGACCUUGGUUGGCAAACUCAAAUUUAGCCUUAUGCUUCCUAAUAGGCUGAGAAAAACAAAGUUUUGAGGGAGACAAUUGUUGUGAAACAAAGGAUGCAGACUGGUCUAUUUGCUACAGCUCCUAAUGCAUUGUGCAUGAUUGUUUCUAGAGAGGGUUUUAGCAGCCUUUAUGGGUUGUGGAAUAUGGAUCUUUUCUACUGCUUGAAUUGCCUUUCAGUGCGAUGCAGCUUUGUAUCUAUGAGCAAAUAAGGCUUGGUUAUAGGCUCGCAGUGAGCAGGGUGUUUCUUUGAUAACAUAUUUUGUGAAGAUAUUGCAUCAUGUUUGCUCUGUGAUUGUAGUCUGGCUUAUUUAUGAAAUCUUGUUGGCUUACCAAGGUGAAAGAUGACAUUACUCUGUUAAGGCCUUUUUAUCUUAACCUUCAUUGUGGGAGUACCCAAAUAAUGAUGGAUACCCUUGAAAAAGUCUGUUUUUAUUGUUUGACGAAGAUGGCUUCUAGUAACACUAAGAAUCUAUGAUU